CCCGAGCUCCGCGGCAUGGCGGCCGGUGCGGCCCGGCUGCUGCUGGCCGCGCUGCUCGGUGCGCUGCCGGCCCAGGCCGAGCGGGAGCUGCGGUUCCGGCCGCCGGCCGAGGCCCCGGUGCGGCUCUUCACCGAGCCCGAGCUGGCCAGAUACGACGGGCAGCAGGAAGGGCAGCCCAUUUACCUGGCAGUGAAGGGAGUAGUGUUUGAUGUCACUUCUGGCAAAGAGUUUUAUGGAAAAGGAGCCCCCUACAAUGCUUUGGUUGGGAAAGACUCAACACGAGGAGUUGCAAAGAUGUCUCUGGAUCCAGCAGAUCUGACGCAUGACAUAACAGGACUCACAGAAGAGGAACUGAAGUCCCUGGAUGAUAUCUUCAAUAAUGUUUAUAAGGCCAAAUACCCAAUUGUUGGCUAUACUUCUCGACGAAUCCUGAAUGAGGAUGGCAGCCCCAACCUAGCCUUCAAACCUGAAGAUCAGCCACAUUUCAACAUUAAGGAUGAGUUUUGAGUUCCUAGGGAAUAUUAUCUCGAUUCCCUGUUCUCUGAGGUUCAUUACAGCAAUUAGCUCCCAUGUGUCAAUUUUCUGUUCAGAAAACGACUUAUGUGUGUACACACAUAGUUCAGAGGAAACAAACAGAUCUGGAUCAGUGUCAUACACUUGGGCUCUUUGCUCUGGAUUACAGGAACUAUUUCAUAUGAGAGUUCUUUCUGCCUGGGUUUCACUGUUUACGAAUGUGUAAUGUAAAAUUACAUUAUGUAGAAGAGACAAGGAAGUUUUUAACAGUUGAAACAUGACUGGUUUUCUUUAAAUCCCAAGUUGUUUCCCACUCUUUGGAAAAGUGUGAAUGCUUCAUCUAACACCUUGCCACAAUGCCUUGAGCUAACAGCAGUUCUCUGUGCUUCAAGUGAGUGUAGGUAUCAGAUGUACAGACAGGUGUAAUAGAGGCUUCCAUUUUAAAAAGCACUGUGGGACUUAAUAUUUGAUAAUACUGAAUCUCGCAUCAGAUUUGAGAGUACUGAAUCUGAACCCACUCCAUUUCUUCAAAUGCAGUUACUGUAGAAUAUUUAGGCCAAGCCUACAGCUGUAAAGCAAGGAAAAUAAAUCUUUUUUCCCCCAUGA